AUGGCCGACGUCGAGAAGUCCCAGACCAGAGUCUCACCACUUAUCUCUAGUGACGUGGACACAUCCGAGACUUCACUUGGACAGGUAAACCACCGAAGAGGAUGGCUCGCAAGACUCAAGGGACAAGUCCAAGAUCCGGAUGAGCUGGGCAAAGAACUCUUCGCCAAGUCACAGCAGUACGACGAGGCACAGCUUGAGCGUGAUGCUGUUCGUGUCCGACGCAAGCUGGACUUCAUACUGCUUCCACUCAUGUGUGGUACUUACAUGAUCAGCUUCCUGGACAAGCAGACCCUCAAUUAUUCCAACGCAUACGGCUUGCAAGCCGACACGAACAUGUCUGGAGACGACUAUUCGUGGGUAGCGUCCGCGCUGAAUUUCGGAUGGCUUCUUGCGGCAUACCCGUGGACUUUGAUCCUGCAGAGAUACCCAACGGGGCGACUAAUUGGGGGCAUGCUUUUCGUCUGGGGCUCUGUAUGCAUGCUUCAAGCCGCCGUCUUCGAUUUUGGGUCGUUCUUCGCCGUUCGCUUCUGGCUUGGAGCGUUGGAGGCCGUCGUCAGUCCUGCCUUCAUCUUGCUGACUUCGAUGUUCUGGACCUCUUCGGAACAGAGUCUGCGAAGCUCGUUCUGGCUUGCUUGCAAUGGCUUCAGCAGCAUCCUGGGUGCCUUGUUGGCAUAUGGCGCUGGCCAUGCGGAAGGAUUGAUCAUUCCCAAUUGGAAGCUGAUCUAUCUGAUCGUUGGCUGCAUGACGAUCGUAUGGGGCGUUGUCAUUAGCUUGUACCUGCCCGAUGGUCCUCACAACGCAAAGAUGCUGUCAGACUAUGAGAAGAUCGUUGCAGUGUGGCGCAUCAGCAAGAAUAAGGUCGGCUUGAAGCAUAAAGAAAUGCGUUGGUAUCAGGUCCGUGAGGCAGCAACUGAUCCUCGGGUCUGGCUGAUCUGGCUCAUGGGCGCAGCGGUCGGUGUACUCAACGGAGGCGUGGUCAAUUUCGCCUCUGCUCUGAUCAAAGGUUUCGGCUUCAAUGCUCUGCAAGCAAGCCUGAUACAGACACCAGGUGGUGCAUUUGAGAUCAUUGGCUGCAUCAUCUUCGGCUACCUUUCCACUCUACGUGGCUGGCUAGGGAUCAGCAUCAUCCUCAGCUCGCUCCCAGGUAUGGCAGGACUGAUUGGCAUUCUGACAAUCGACAUUCGUCACCGUUAUGCCUUGACAGCAAUGGCAUGGAUGCAGAACGUGCUUGGAUCGCCUAUAAUUCUCGUCUGGUCGCUUCCAGGCAUCAACGUUGCGGGACACUCGAAGCGCUCCUUCGUCCUGGGCAUGUUCUUCGUCGUCUACUGUGCUGGCAACAUCGCAAGCCCACACAUGUUUCUGGGCGAAGAGGCGCCACGAUACCCAACAGCCAUUAAAGGUUUGUUAGGUGCCUAUGUGGCCCUAAUCGUGUUUGCUAUUGCAUACAUCGCGCUUGUCUGGCUCGAAAACAAGCGUCGUGAUAGGAAGGGAUUGCAUGGAGAAGUUGUGGAAGAGCUGGCCGAAGGCUUCGAGGACAAGACAGAUGUCGAGAACAAGCACUUCCGCUACAGGAUCUGA